AUGGCAAACCAAUAUACUGACAAGACAGCAAAAAAUAGUGAAAAACAAUACACAUCAGCAAUAAAACACGUAGCCAAGCCCGUCCAAGCACCACUGGAAAUAGAUGAAGACCGUGGGGCAGAUCAAGAUAUCUUUGAUAUCAAUGAAGCUUUAGGCCUGGACCUGUUUGAGGGUGACAUCAGACUUGAUAAUGAGAAGCCUACACGGAACUCCAUUAUUGACAGUCGGUAUCGAUGGCCCCACACUAUUCCAUAUGUCCUUGAGGACAGUCUAGAAAUGAAUGCCAAGGGGCUCAUCCUUAAAGCAUUUGAACAGUAUCGCCUAAAAACCUGCAUUGAUUUCAAGCCCUGGCAGGGUGAACCAAAUUACAUAUCAGUGUUCAAGGGGUCGGGUUGCUGGUCCUUCAUAGGAAACCGCCAUAUUGGAAGGCAAGAACUAUCCAUAGGAGCCAACUGUGACAGGAUUGGGACCAUUGAGCAUGAGUUCCUUCAUUCGUUGGGAUUUUGGCAUGAGCAGUCACGAUCUGAUCGGGAUGAUUAUGUUACGAUAAUGUGGGACAGAAUUCAAGCUGGUAAAGAGUCAAAUUUUAAUAAAUAUGACGAUAAAACAUCAGACUUCCUUAACGUGCCUUAUGACUAUACCUCUGUAAUGCACUACAGUAAAACUGCCUUCCGGAAUGGCACAGAACCAACAAUAGUAACAAACAUACCAGCUUUCAUGGAUGUGAUUGGACAGCGAAUGGAUUUCAGUGAAUAUGAUAUCCAGAAGCUGAGUCGACUGUACAACUGCAGCUCUUCCUUGACCUUUAUGGAUACAUGCAGUUUUGAAUCUGAAAAUGUGUGUGGCAUGAUUCAAAGUACAGAAGAUAAAGCUGACUGGCAGCGCAUAACCCAAGUUUCUAGUGGACCACAAUCCGAUCACACCUAUGAUGGAACCUGCCAAGAAACCGGCUACUUUAUGCAUUUUAACACCAGUGUUGGAAGUUUGAAGGACAAUGCUGUCUUAGAGAGCCGGAUUCUAUAUCCAAAAAGAGAAUUCCAGUGCCUACAGUUCUAUUAUUACAACAAUGGAAGUGAUCAGCUGAAUAUCUUAAUCAGAGAGUACACUAAAGCAUUCCCCAAUGGUACUUUAAGACUUAUGAAAGUUAUACAAGGUGCACCUGUGAACUACUGGGAGCUACACCACAUUUCUUUGAAUGCUAAGAAUAAAUUCCGAGUAGUAUUUGAAGGAGUAAAAGAAUCCACCUCAUCAAAUGGAGGCCUAUCCAUAGAUGAUAUCAACCUGUCAGAAACCCUUUGUCCUCAUCAUAUUUGGCACAUACAGAAUUUCUCUCAGCUCCUUGCUUCAGGGAUGGCAGAAAGACUAUACAGUCCGCCAUUUUACUCUCCCAAAGGGUAUGCAUAUCAGAUAGCUUUGGAUGUGAAUAGUUCCAGCAAUCCAUUUAAUUUAGGAAUAUAUUUCCAUUUGAUUACUGGUGCAAAUGACAAUCUUCUUCAGUGGCCUUGUCCAUGGCAACAAGUCACAAUGGUUCUGCUAGAUCAGCAUCCAGAUAUUUCCCAGCGCAUGUCAAAUCAGAAGAGCAUAACAACUGAUCCAAAUGAACUGCAUUCAUCAGGAGUUCACUUUUGGGACAGACCGGAUAAAGUAGGAACAAAUGUUGCAUUUCCUAAUGGCACUCAGUUUUGGAGAGGUCCUGGGACUGGAACAAGUGGCUUUUUAACACAUCAGAGACUUGAAAGCCGUGACUUUAUUAAAGAUGAUAGUAUUUUCAUUCUUACAACAAUGGAAGGUAUUGGUUAUGGUACAAGAAUUGAUAUUACACCCAAUUUAUUCAUUUCAGAUAUAUCACAUUUAAUAUCAACUGAACCAACUUUGACACCCAGCAAUGCUCCAACUACAAAACAAGUGACAACAAACAAUAUGUCCAGUUCAGAUGUUGAUGUGUGUAAAAAUUAUGGCUGUCAAAACAAUGGAACGUGCAUUGUUGUUGAAAAGAAGGCAACUUGCAGGUGCACCGCAGGCAUAGAUUGGUGGUAUAUUGGAGAAAAAUGUGAAAAGAAGGGAACACUCUAUGAAAACACUGUAAUAGCCGUUGCUUCAUCUCUUACUAUAUUUGCCAUCAUGUUGAUCAUUGCUAUUGUAGCUACCACUUGUGUUAAAAAGAAAUACCGCAAACAACUCAAAGCACAAACAAACCUGGAAUUAAAUAAUAACGUAAGUAUUCAGCUUCUGGCAGGAUGCCCAUUUAGAGAAGGCCGGUAAUGGGAAACUGGUGCUGACAGGUCACAUGGCUGUGGAAGGUUCCCCAGAUCGACCUGUGCUAGCCUCUGUUAGCUUGUGUUGCACAGGGCAGCAUUUAUUUGGGCAUGUAUUCCUUAAUCCUCACUUAUGUCCACUAGUACAUCUUCAUGUAGACAUGCUGCUUUUUGAAGUACGUCUUAUAUGUCCAAAGACACAAAAUUGGCAAAACCAUAUUUGGACUUUUUUAAAGAAGAAGUAUAUGCAAAUUUGGAUCCUCUGCACCUGCAAGUUAGCUGUAUCCUUUUUUGCAAAUUACUUUCAGGGUUUCUAACUGGCAGCUCCUCUCAGAUGAAAUUAUGCUAGUAAAAAUAGAAAACAUUUUGCAUUGGAAACAAGACACGAUGCUAUAUGCCACUUUCAGAAACCUGAGAUAAGACAUUGUAAGGUGAUAAUCAUUCCUCAUGCUGGGGGAAGCACCAAUGCUAGAGACGUCAAUGAAUGCAAAACCUGUUGGCCCAAGCCUAGCUAGUCAAAAGAGGGGGAUAAGCAGCAUUCCUUAUUUAUUACCUGUAUUUGUUUAACUUCCCUGGGGUUUUUGUUUAAACAUUGCAAGUUCCCUCCCAUUGAAGCUAAUAGGAUGGAAUGAAUUAGGGGACUUUCAGGGCUGGCAUAGAUCAGUAGUUGGUUCUAGAGGAGGGCACAUAAUAGGCACAGUUAUCAAGGGCCAGCACAGAUUUUGCUCAAUCACUUUUGUAUUUUCCUCAUUUGACAGGCAACAACUUUUUGAACAUAGUGGAAGUGUUACAGCCACUGAAACAGAUGACAUCAGUCAUGUCACUUGGAAAUCUGAUUCAUAACAUCAUGCUCGGCAUGGAUUCUUCUCACCUGGAUACCAAAUGUUACUUCCAAGAAGAAAACUAUUAAUGCAUGAAUUCUUCCAUUUCUAAAUUAACAUAAAACAAAGGGUCUGAAAGUGACAUAAAAAUUGUGACAACUAGGAAAAGACCAAAACAAUUAUUUCUCCAGCACAGAAUAUGACAUGGACAGCUAAAAUGAAUAGUUUUGUUUAUCAACAGUACAUAAAUCUGUAAAACAAAACUAAUAAUACACAACAUUCCCCACUAAAUAAGGAACACUGAUGGGGUUGGAGGCAAUGUAUCCUUGUUUUGCUACUCCAGAGAUAAUUUCUAGAGGUCGCACCCCCUCUUUCUGCCCCUUGAAUCCUUAAACAGUUCUUUAAAUUAAUGAAUUCAAAAAUAUUUGGGGAUUUGACACAAUAGCUUUUCAUGGAAGAAAGUGGUGGGCUUUUCCCUUUUGGAAAAUGCAUCAGCUGCAUCACUGCUUUGUGAGUUCAGUGGCAUAAAGAACGUCCCUUCUAGGGAAGUAACUGAAGUUCUGGGACAGCCUUCUGAAACCCAGCACCUUCCAAAAAUGUCAGACUACAACUGCCAGUGAAAGCUGUGUUGGUUGGUAAUGAUGGGAUGCUGUAUUCCAGGGCAUCUGGAAUGUGCUGGGUUAGGAAAGGGUGCGGUAGAAUGUAUCGAGGGCAUUCCCAUUAAGGAUGGUGUUAUCAGUUGUACAAAAUUUUAGCCAACCCCACGUGGAGAUAACAUAGCCUUCCACCCUUCAUCUAGUGAGCUGGAUAAUGGCGCUUCAGUUUUCUUUACUAGGUUGUAAAACAUGCCCAAGGAUAAAAGUAGAUAAUUCUAGGUGACAAUAGUUUUCCCCUAAAAGACAGAAUGAUGGGAAAAGCUGUGUUACUGAAAUCCCCCUUUAUUAUUUUGCAAAAACUGCAUGGAAAUUGUGUAAGUAUGAUGAUCAAGGGACAAUAAAAACAUCAAUGCAUUAUUAACUUGGCAUGCUCUUGUGUAUUGUGGUUAUCUCCUUUACAGAAAUGUCCAGUUGUGAAGAACACUAAUCAGAUCAAACACAAAAUAGGUUUUUAAACACACACUGACACACAUCUAGGAGUACAACACAAACUAUAUACCACUGGGUAAAAUGUUUGUUGCUUCUAAUCAAGAAUAGGAAGAAAAAUA